AUGAAAAUAGAGGGCACGGAGCAACUUAUAGUAUCAGAUGAGGUCAGAAAGAUGACAUACACAGAAAGCGAAGCAAACAUCAUAUACUUCAUCUACAUGUACAUCUACGGUAGGCUUAAGGGAUUCGUCUGUCCAGUCAAUAUCAGGAAGUGUGAUACCAUUGUUCACAUGUGUCGCACGCAAUACCUUUAUCCGUCCAUGCCACAUUGGCGUUACACUUACCACAAGGGUACUGGGGAAUACCACCAGCAUGACCUAGGUGGUCUUUUUGGCGAUGACGAGCCUCCUACUAUUGUGAACGCCUUCAAAUACGCCAUCUAUCGGGUCAGCCAUGAACGCAACUUUCUACGCGACGUCACUCUUGCAUAUGACGUUCAACGUUUACCUGUCUUCAACCAAUUUGAAGCCUCGAAAAAAGUCGGUCCAGCGAACCCGGAUGUAGCCGCUUUUACUAGUUCCGCGUGCGCGAACCUGAACAUCCCCCACAUCGAGACUCGCGUGGACGCCUAUGCUGCUCCUUUCCCCGCCUCCUAUUCCAUCAACCUUCAUCCAGAUCCGGAAUUGCUAUCACACGCCGUCCUUGACGUAAUUCGAGCCGUCGGCUGGUCAGAGAUGCUUAUCGUCUACAAUAAUCAUAUAGGUCUAUUGAAAGUCCAAUCAUUGAUUCGAGCCAGUAACGAGACAGUCAAUAUGGGAGUGGUGGUACGACAGGCGGACGCCUACAACAUGCGGGGUAUACUCAAAGAGGCGAAGAAAAAGGGGUGGAGGCAUAUUGUUGUGGAGCUCAACCUUUCCGAGACAGCUUUAUUCCUGAAAAUGGCAUUGCAAGAGGGGAUGAUAGACUCGUAUCACCAUUAUAUCAUAAAUAACCUUGACAUAGAGAUAUUGGAAUUGGAGGACUACCGACACAACUACGUCAAUAUGACUGGAUUCCGCAUCGUCAACAUGCUCAGCGACUUUACCAAAAACACGCUGUUUGACAUGGAACUUUUUCAAGAGAACACACAACUGCCCAUAUUGAACGGCUCGACUUUAUCGCAUCAGGGAGCACUCACUUUUGACGCCGUCUACUUGUUGUCGCAUGCGCUCAUGGAGAUGAAACGUGCCGGCUUCUUGACACUACCGAACACGAGCUGUGACGAACUAAACAUUUGGAGAGACGGCCGCAAUUUAUAUAACUUCAUAAACAAUAUGCGGGUGGUCGGCCUGACGGGUCCCAUCUACCUUUAUAACGGCAAAAGGCUCAACUUCCAGCUCGAUAUUAUGGAACUGGGCGAGAAAGGCCUUCAAAGGACGGGCACAUGGGCGCCUGGGUAUGGAGCAAAUAUCACAAUGAACAGGUUCUUGGGCCAAGGAAUUUUCGGCAACAAAACAUUACUGGUGUCCACGAUGCUGGAACCUCCGUACGCGAUGCUGCGGACGGACAUGCUAAAGAGCAAGCCGCUGGAGGGGAACGCGCGCUACGAGGGGUUCUGUAUCGACCUGCUCAGCGAGAUGGCGCGCAUUGUGGGCUUCGAAUACAAGAUCGUGCCCGUGCCCGACGCCCGCUACGGGGUGCUGCAGGACGGCAAGUGGGACGGCAUCGUCAGGGAGCUUAUCGACAGGAAAGUUGAUAUGGCGGUAGCCGCAUUGACCAUUAGUUACGAAAGGGAACAAUUCGUUGACUUUACAAAACCAUUCCUUAAUCUGGGUAUCAGUAUUCUAUUUAAAAUGCCUUUACGUGAAAAGCCGGGACUUUUCAGCUUCAUGAACCCUCUCGCGCUAGAGAUAUGGGUGUAUAUUUUCGCGGCAUACUUUGUGGUAAGCCUGACAAUCUUUAUCAUCGCGCGGUUCAGUCCCUACGAGUGGUACAACCCGCACCCUUGCAAUCCGGAAACUGAUACAGUAGAGAACAUAUUCAGCCUCUCGAACAGUUUCUGGUUCUGUGUGGGAACCCUGAUGCAGCAGGGCUCGGACAUCAACCCGCGCGCGGUCUCCACGCGGAUCGUCGGAAGCACGUGGUGGCUGUUUACACUCAUCAUCAUAUCGUCGUACACGGCGAAUCUGGCGGCAUUCCUCACAGUGGAACGCAUGGUGUCGCCGAUCGAGAGCGCCGAGGACCUCGCCGACCAGACGGACAUAUCAUAUGGGACGCUAGCCGGUGGAUCUACCAUGUCUUUCUUCAGAGACUCGAACAUCGAGACAUAUCAGCGGAUGUGGAACUUCAUGGAGAGCAAGGACCCGAGCCCGUUCACGAAGAGCUACCAGGAGGGCAUCGAGCGCGUGGCCGCCGGCGACUACGCCUUCCUCAUGGAGUCCACCUCCAUCGAGUACAUCACGCAGCGCAAUUGCAAUCUCAUGCAGGUGGGCGGUCUCCUGGACUCCAAGGGGUACGGCAUUGCUACUCCCAAGGAUUCGCCACUAAAAGAAAAGCUCUCAAUGGCAAUACUAAGCCUACAAGAGGAUGGAAAGAUACAGAUGCUUUACAACAAGUGGUGGAAGAGUUCCGGCGCAUGCGUACGCGACGACAAGAAAGAUUCUAAAGCGAGCGCUCUGGGGGUGGAAAACGUCGGCGGAAUCUUUGUCUUUCUCAUUGGCGGCCUUGCGCUUGCUGUCGUCGUAGCUUUCAUCGAGUUCGUAUGGAACUCCAAGACCAACGCCAGGGAAGAUAGGCAAUCACUCUGUUCAGAGAUGGCGGAAGAAUUACGAUUCGCCGUCAAGUGUCACGGCCCCUCGAAACGGCCUAAAGUUCGACAACGCAUGUGCUCCAAAUGCAAAUCUGUCAAGCACAAGAAAGAUUGUCCAUUGUCACGCAUGCGCCCCGAAUCAUCAGCCAAUGGCGGUAUCCACACGAAUGAGAUCAAGCCGCCACGUGACUAUGUGCAGCGCACAUCCGGGGACUUUGAGCUGGACUAUUUGCAUGACAAGUGCGAUUUUGGUGCGGGCGGGUACCUGCACGUCGAAUACAGCGACACGGAGAGCUAAAUGUGAUACAUUGCAAAGUUUAUAUCAAGUUUUUUGUUUCAUUCUGUCCAUUUAUUCAUUUAAUGUUUACUUAAAAUUUAUUCCAUACUUUAAUUACUAGAUUCGUGUAUAUUCUUCUGUU